AUGUCCGACUGGCUCAAUGACCCAUGGCUCAACCCAGUCCAGCGUGCGCUGCGCUCGGUGCAGGGCAGUAUGGACGACGCGGAUCCGCUCGACCAAACCGAGGAGCACUUGAUCAGGAUCUGGGGACGAGUGCUUCUGGAGGUGCUCGAGGCCGGGGACAGAGCCGCAUUGGAGUCGCGCGUCGAAACGAUCGCUGGCGAGAUUGCGAGCUAUGCGCGAGCGGCGCCUCCUCCCGAUCCGUCUGGGAGGCUUCGUGCGCCCGACAUCUUUGCGGGUCAUGGACCGCACUCGCUUCUCGUCCAAACGCUCGAAAAGUCCGACGCCAUUGUCGGCAUCCUCGCCGAGGCCAUCAGCCGCACAAGCCAGAACAGUCCUCUCAACCUCCAGCAGGAUUGGAGCGGGCAUUACUAUGCGGGCACGAGAUGGAUGCGAGAAGUCGGCCGUUUCUUUCGCAUCCACGAGGGCGAGGCGCUGAGCUGCAGGUGGCGGGAUGCGAGGCUCGACGAAAGGCAUGCGGUGAUUGAGGUUCUGUGGACAGCUUUGGCGCGACUCGUCAAGGGGGAGAUGGGGCCUUUGUCGUUGCCCAUCUUGAACCAGACUCCAGCGUUUUCCGCGCUCGAACGGUACCCGGAUCAGAUUCCGGAACGCAUGCAGCCUUCACGUGAUGCCAAGGACCGCCGCUCCAGCUACACCCAUUCGCUCGCCCAUCCGCUUCUCGAUCAACCCCUAUCGACUCGAAAGGCGCGAAUCUACAGGCUAGACGUCUAG